AUGACCCUUCAGACGGUGUUCCCCCAAAUCGACUUGAUCUCGUUUUCACCUCGUCUCCUCAGCGCCGUCGACGGGACACGAGAUCGGAUCGUGUGCAUCAACCACCGACAUGCAACCACUUCUUCCGGCGGCCGCAAACGCCAGCUCUUGACGACAGAUGCGACCUUCGCGACAAGUCAGGCGCACCGGCCCACAGUCAUGCAGACAGUUGACUCAUUUUACAGAACAUGUGCCUAUAACAUACCGUAUUUUCGUAUUAGAGUAGAGUUUCGAGACUACCAGUAA